AUGACGGUGGUGCAGAAGAAAAAGCCCUAUUUCGGGCUAACAGGAGGAUGGCUUACCUUUUGGAUUACGGUGGCAUGCGCAACUGAUAUGUCUCUCUUCGGUUAUGACCAAGGAGUGUUCAGCGGCGUCGUGAUCACACAAGACUUCCUCGAAGUCCACGAUCUGGUUGGGCCUACCAAGACAACAACCCUCUCCACAGUGACAGCGAUAUAUGACGUUGGUUGUUUCCUCGGAGCUAUUGUUGCCUUUACGAUAGGUGAACGUUUGGGCCGGAAGAAGGCUAUUCUACUGGGCACGACGAUCAUGGCAGUGGGCACUAUCAUCCAGGCAAGUUCAUUUAGUUUGGCGCAGAUGUUUGUUGGCCGCAUCGUCUUAGGUGUUGGAAAUGGUAUCAAUACUGCUACAGCCCCAAUCUGGCAGACCGAAACAUCCCAAAUGAAAUGGCGCGGGAAACUAGUCAUCCUAGGCAUGGUGAUGAACAUUGCCGGCUACUGUCUUGUCAACUGGAUUAAUUAUGGGUUUUCAUUUGCAGGUGGCUCCAUAGCCUGGCGAUUCCCAAUAGCUUUCCAAUUCAUGUUCCUCUUCAUUCUGUGGAGCACAACGCCCUGGCUCCCUGAGUCUCCUCGAUGGCUCCUUGCCCACGGUAAAGAAGACGAGGCAAUCGAAGUUCUCAGCUGUCUCGAAGCUAAACCGAUCGACGACCCUGUGGUUGUACUGCAACGCAAUGAAAUCGCAUUCACAGUCCAAUACGAGCGCCAGAAUCCCGUCCGUUGGCGCGACCUUCUCAAAAAGGAUAAGAAGAACGAUACCAAGACUCUGCGCCGACUCGCCCUCGGCGUCGGCUCUCAGUUCAUGCAGCAGUUCGGCGGUAUCAAUAUCAUGGCUUAUUACAUGCCCACUGUGCUGACCAAAUCGGUCGGCUUGGACGAGAAAAUGGCUCGGCUGCUGACUGCUUGUAAUGCAGUUUCAUACCUGGUUUUCUCGAGUAUGGCCGUUCUGCUCAUUGAGCGCAUGGGCCGUCGUGGUUUGAUGCUUCUCUCGACAUUUGCACAGUUUGUGUGCUUCCUUAUCAUCACCGUUUUGAUCCGGUAUGUCGAGAAUAGUCCCGAUGGGACUGGCAGGGUAUAUGGUAAUGCCUCGAUCGCCUUUUUCUUUCUUUACUUUGGGGCUUUCGGAAUUGGAAUGCUGGGGAUACCAUGGUUGUACCCCACGGAGAUCAAUUCUUUGUCGAUGCGGACUAAAGGCGCUGCGGCUGCCACUGCCACUGACUGGAUCACCAAUUUCAUCGUUGUGGAGAUCACACCGAUCGGAAUUCAAAGUAUUGGCUGGAAGUUCUGGAUCGUUUGGACGGUGACCAACGCUGCCUUCUUACCUGUUCUCUAUUUCUUCUACCCAGAAACUGCAAACCGGAGUCUCGAGGAUCUUGAUACUUAUUACCGCACCAACCCCUCGUUGAUUGUGACUAAAGACCGGGAUGCCAUAUGCCGCAAACGCCCGCAGAAAUACAUCGAUCGCGAGGAUGACGAGUUCGAGAGAACGACUGGCAAGGAAAUUGUGCCUGUUGAGCCAGCGAAGCAUGUUGAAUGGACGGCGAGACAAAGUUCCCAGGAUUAG